CGGGAGGCAGGGGAAGCAGGCUCUGUCCGCGUCUCCACCCUUUGAAAUAUAAGGGUAUUUUUUUCCUCUCUUCAGCCCCCCACCCAGUAAAGGCCCAGCUUGGGACAUUCUUCGAUUCUCUCCGCUUCCCCUCUGGGAGCCCCUUUCGCCGUCCUUGCACCUUGCUUCUGGCAAUGCCUGAGAGGGAGCUGUGGCCAGAGGGGCCUGGCUCAGAACCUGUGACCCGCCUCGGCAGCUGGGACAGCAUGACGAGCACCACCUCCACCCGCUCCGGAUCUACUGACAGCUAUGACUUCCUGUCCACUGAAGAGAAGGAGUGUUUGCUCUUCCUGGAGGAGACCACUGGCUCAUUGGACACUGAGGCUGACAGCGGACUGUCCACUGAGGAGUUUGAGCAAGACACAACUCCCCAAAGUCCCCGAGCACUGCCCCUACUCCAGCCUGCUCCCCAGGGACAUCCAGAGGACACCGUUGCUCAGCAAAGACCAGAGCCAAGGAGAGCAACCCAGUCCAGUUUCCCUCCUCUGCCUGAACCCCAAGGCCUGGGCUUCAGAUCUGGCUCCUACAGCCUCCCCCGCAAUAUCCACAUCAGUAGGAACCAGAACCUCAGGAAAAGCACCCCCCAGACGAGUAGCCACCUGCCAGGGGAACCCAACAGGGUCAUCCCAGACCCCAGGGAAGAGCAGCUCAGCCAGAGCAGGGAGCCCAGCCAGGCUCCGGCCGGGCUCCAGGAGGCCGUCCUUGAUUUGGACACAGCGCUCAUCCCCCCACCAGAGGCUUUCCAGGAAGCCCAGCCCGAGCAGCGUGGGGAAGACAGCCUGCCUACAGGGCCAGGGGAGAGGACCCCUGCGCCUUAGCUCCUCACGUCACUCAGCCCCCAGAAGAGAAAGGAGACUUCUUCAGAGGCCAUGUCCCAAAAAGCCAAUGAGAAAGGCUCUACGGGGGCACCAGGACAGCUUCGGCCUCUUCCUGCCAUGUCGUCUCAGAACGCCAGAGCUGCAGAUGCUUCCGUCCCACCAGGGCGGGAUCCAAAUGCCCAAGUGGCUCCCCUCACAGGGCCUAAGUCCCGGAAGCUGCCCGCUAAUAUUGUUCUCAAGAGCAGCCAAAGCCGUUUCCACAGCGACCCCCAGCCCUGGCUGUCCUGCCACCCUGAGGCUGCCCCCAGCGAUUCCGGCCUGCUCUCCUCUUCACUGCAGGAGCAGAGGAAAGCACGCAAGGAGGCUCUGGAGAAGCUGGGGCUACCCCUGGACCAAGAGAAGCCCAGCCCCCACUUAAGUAAGUCCCCCAGCUCCAUCAGACUCAAGGGGACUGGCGCUCAGGCCCCUGCCCCAGCCCCAGCAUCAGCUCCUGCCCUAGCUCAGCCUGCACCUCAGGUCUCAGCAGGGAAGGCAUUGGCUCCUGCUCCAACCCGGGGGCCUUCUCCAAUGAAAGCCCUGGCUCCAGCUCUAGCUCAGGGAUCGACUCCAGGCAAGGUUUUCAUUCCUGCCCAGGAACCCACUCCAGGGAAGGUUCCAGCUGCCAAGUCUAUGCCAAUCCCCAUCCCUAGGGCCCCAGGGGUAAGUAAUCCCCUGACACUGCAGGAGAGCAGCGUCCCUGGGCUGAGGCAGAUGAACUUCAAGUCCAACACUCUGGAGCAGUCAGGUGUGGGGCUGAGCAGCUACCUCUCAGCUGAGAAAGACCCCAGCUCCAAGGCCAGCACCUCUCUGGGAAAAGACUCCUUCUUGAACAAACUCUCACCCAAUGUCUUGCGUAAUUCCCGGCCCCGCCCCGCCUCCUUGGGCACUGGGAAGGACUUUGCAGGGAUUCAGGUGAGCAUGCUGGCUGACCACGAGCAGAGCUCCAAGCGCCUGUCUUACCAAGGACAGAGCCGAGACAAGCUGCCUCAACCCACUUGUGUCAGUGUCAAGAUUUCCCCCAAAGGCAUCCCUGAUGAGCACAGAAGGGAGGCUCUGAAGAAGCUGGGACUGUGGAAGGAGUAAAGUAGGCCCUGGCCACCAGCACUGCCCGCACAACCUCGUCCCUGCCUCCUGUCAUACAAGACGACACUCAGGGCUCCACCUAGGAGCCUUGUCCACCUCACUGCUCAGGGGCUGGGCAGGGGUAGGCUUCUUUCCGGUGCUCUGCUCUCCGAAGUGAAGAGGAGGGAGAGAUUGGAGUCCAAGCCUAUGCUCAGAUUCAGGGUGGUUGUGCCAAUGAGUACCUGAUGAUCAUCCUGAAUAUGAUUGAGAGAGAGAGAGAGAGAGAGAGAGAGAGAGAGAGAGAGAGUGUUAGGCUGUACAUAUCACUGAAACUAUUUAUAAGACACAAGGAGUCAUUGAGAAUUCUGCUCAUGUUGGAGAUUUUUGUACAUUGGGUAGAGUUCGGCCCAACCAGAACUGAGUGGAGAGGGGUGACCAAGCCUGAUUAAAAAAAAGUUAAAGGAGACCAUGGAUGUGCCAGUGCCACACAUGCAGCGUCACCUGAAAUGUGGGUCUUCCAGAAUUCCUGCGAUAGAUGGAGACGGGCUCAUACUUCACUCGAUCCCUCUCUCUGUUCUGGCCUGCUGGACAGGAGCCAAGAGGAGUUGGUCUGUCAUCUCUUCACCUGCUACCUUCUCACCAUCCCCGUCCCAAGGAUAGGACACGUUCCUGCAACUAAAAACUCUCGGUUGAUUGAGAGCAGCAGAGCUCUUGUUGGUCUGAGAAGGCAGGUUAAGUAGCCAAAGCGCACACCUCCGCUGGGGAGGGUCCUUGGCUGUGGACUUGAUAAAUUCACUAAAAAAUUGUGCGGUGGUCCCUGAUUCUGUGAUUUCUGCUCCUAUCUCAGUCUGCUCGUGACUGACCCCAGGCUGGGCCAACACUGAGAUGGGAACCCGAGACCAGAGGCUUCGGUACUUACAGUAGAACCGUCUCAGGCCUUGCCCACGCCAUUGCAAGUAGUUUUUACCUUCCUCAGUACCUACGGAAAAUCAACACAACACAUUCUCUGCCAGUUAUGCAUAGAAUAUCAGAGCUGGGAGGGGCCUUAGAGAUGCUCAAACUCAACCCUGUUGGAGAAGGGAAAUGACCCAUCCAUAGUCAAUGCCACUUAAUAGCCAAGCCGGGGCCAGAGCUGGGCUCCUGAUCCCAGUCCAGGCUGCAUGCUGCCUCCCCUCACACAGUACUUGUAUGCAUCCACACAGCACCUCACCGGACCUUCACAUCCUAAAGUGUCUUCUGAAAUAUCAGAGAUUAAAUGCUGUUCGUGUCAAAAAAAA